GAUCGGAAGCUCGUUUCAGUUCAAUCACACACAGUUUGAUCGUCGAAGGACCUUACUGUUCCUAGCAAAUAUCAAACGGAGCGCAACAAACUCCAAUCGCAACAUGGACGUUGACAGUGUCGUCUACAGCAACUGUAAGAACCCCUCGAAAUACGAACCGUACCGAUGCAACCUUAGCGAUAAGCUGCGAAAAAUCGCCAAAACAGAACUUCGAGAAAAUGACAGCAUCCGCGAGCAGUCUCUGGCCCAGAUGCGGGAAUGGAUCGCCAAGAAUCCAAACAUCAAAAAAUGUCGCACAGAUCCGCUGUUUCUGCUGCGAUUUCUCCGUACCAAAAAAUACUCCAUCACACAAUCGUGUGAAAUGCUGGAGAAGUACCUCUCCAUCCGGCAGACCUAUCCCAAGUGGUUCCGCAGCUGUGAUAUCGAAGAUCCGGAACUGGAGGCCCUCAUCGACGGGGGAUACAUCCUACCGAUUCCACAGCGGGAUGCAAAUGGACAGCAGCUAAUCCUCUCGAUAGCCGCCAAUCUAGAAUUGAAUCGAGUGAACUCGGCCCUGCUAGCCCGGGCGCACUUCCUGGUGCAAGAAGUCCUGGCUGACGAUGAGGAGGCACAGAUCUGUGGCUAUGUCCAGUGUGUCGACGAGCGUCAGCUAUCGAUGAAGCUGAUGGGCCUGUGGUCCCUGGUCGACAUCAAGAAGGUGGCCGAAAGUAUACAGGAUGGCAUUCCCACCAGAAUCCGGUCGUUCAACUUCGUCGGGCUACCGUCGUCGGCGGUGACGUUACUGGAGUUCUGCAUGUCGUUGCUGAGUGACAAGCUGAAGAAGCGAAUCAAUCUCUUCCGCACCGUGAACGACUUCGCCUCCAAGGUGGACAAGAGUAUCCUCCCGAACGAGUACGGUGGUACUGCCGGUCCCCUGGCCGAUAUGAUUGCCCAGUUCAAGGAACGCUGCCGAGCCAAACGGGCCCAACUGCUCGCCAUGGACGAGAUGCACAUCGAAAUCACCAAAUCUUCCUCCUUCUAUGCUGAUACGUGCCGCGGCGAUUUAGACAGUGGCAUGAUUGGUAGUUUCCGGAAGCUUGAGGUCGAUUAGGCCCAUGGACAUACGCAACGUACACGUGAUGGGGAAGAGGCUGAUGGGGUUUUUCCUAUAAGCAAUUAAUUUCGUUUGUGAACAAUAAAAGUGAUAUUUUUUUCUGUAACCACGCGAUUGUAGAUAUAUUUUGCGAGGCGAUGCACACGAAAUAAUGAUUUUUUGUAUACUAGCAUGGAUUAAGGUGACGCUCUAUGGUAAGGAAACACGUUAGAAGUAAGCAUAAGAAAAUUA